AUGUCCCACGAAAGCCGCUUCGGCGACCUCCCACUGAGCGUGCGCGGCCCCAUGGACUGUGCCCUCCGCGGCACUGUCCUGCUCAACCACUCCAUCUUCAACAAAGGCUCUGCCUUUCCGCCUGACGAGCGCCGCACCUUUGCGCUCAAUGGCCUGCUGCCGGCCGGCGAGCAGACGCUGGAGCAGCAGGUGCACCGCGCCUACGAGCAGUACAGCACGCGCGCCGACGACCUGGCCAAGAACACGUUUCUGACGUCGCUGCACGACCAGAACCACGUGCUGUUCUUCCGGCUGGUGCAGGACCACCUCGACGAAAUGUUUUCCGUCAUCUACACGCCGACCGAGGGCGACGCCAUCCAAAACUACUCGCGGCUGUUCCGCCGGCCCGAGGGCUGCUUCCUGCGCAUCGACGACAUUGACGGCGUGUUUGACGCGCUGGCGCAGUGGGGCACCGCCGAGGACAUUGACUACAUCGUGGUGACGGACGGCGAGGAGAUUCUGGGCAUCGGCGACCAGGGCGUCGGCGGCGUGCUCAUUUCGCGGGCCAAGCUGAUCCUGACCACGCUCUGCGCCGGCAUCCACCCGAACCGCACGCUCGGCGUCGUGCUGGACUGCGGCACCGACAACCAGCAGCUGCUGGACGACUCGCUGUACCUGGGGCUGCGCCAGCGGCGCGUCCGCGGCCAGCAGUACGACCGGUUUGUCGGGGCCUUUGUGCGCGCGGCGCGCCACCUCUACCCGCAGGCCUACAUCCACUUUGAAGACUUUGGCCUCGACAAUGCGCGCCGCAUCCUGGACACGUACCGGCCGCAGAUGGCGUGCUUCAACGACGACGUCCAGGGCACGGGCUGCGUGACGCUGGCGGCCAUCCUGUCGGGCCUGCACGUCAGCGGCGAGCACCUGGACGACCUGCGCAUGGUCGUCUUCGGCGCCGGGUCGGCCGGCGUGGGCAUUGCCGACCAGGUGUGCGACGCCAUCGCGUCCAAGAAGAAGAUUAGCCGCGCGGAGGCGGCCAAGCAGAUCUGGCUGAUUGACAAGCCGGGCCUGCUGACGACCGCGAUGGCCGAGCAGAAGAAGCUGUCCAAGGCGCAGCAGCUGUUUGCCAAGGACGGCGGCGCGUUCAAGACGUCGUCGAGCGACAGCAACAGCAACGCCAUUGGCUUGCUGGAUGUCGUCAACACCAUCAAGCCCAACGUCCUCGUCGGCACCUCCACCAAGCCCAAGGCCUUCACCAAAGACAUCGUCCAGGCCAUGGCCAGCCACGUCGACCGCCCCAUCAUCCUGCCGCUCUCCAACCCGACACGCCUGCACGAGGCCGUGCCCUCCGACUUGCUCGAAUGGACCGACGGCCGCGCCCUGAUUGCCACAGGCUCGCCCUUUCCGCCCGUCAAGGGUCCCUGGGGCAAGGACGGCGACGACGUCGAGAUCCAGGUCGCCGAGUGCAACAACUCCGUCGUCUUCCCCGGCAUCGGCCUCGGCGCCGUCCUGUCCCGCGCCAGCCGCCUCAGCGAUGCCAUGCUCGUCGCUGCCGUCACGGCCGUCGCCGACUUCAGCCCGGCCCUGAAGGAGGCCACGGCACCGAUUCUCCCGGGCGUCGACAACGUCCGUCCCGUCAGCGUCCACAUUGCUCGCAGUGUCAUUCGCGCCGCCCAAAAGGAAGGCCUCGCCACCGAGCGCGGCAUCCCCUCCGAAGAGGACGGCGACGACCUGCUCGACGAGUGGAUCCGCGAGCAGAUGUGGACGCCCGAGUACCGGCCGCUGCGCUAUGUCAGAAUGGAAGACGCCAGUCGCCAGGCGGCCGGCGUGCGUACCCCGUCCGACACAUACACGAGGCGGGACAGCGUGUAG